AUGGAAAGUCAAUGUUUAAAACCAGCUGAAGGUUUACAAAGUGAUGCAAUGGUAGAACAAAUGGAUAUGUUCGAUACAAUAGACAAGAAAAAUGAUGAUAAAAAUGAUUAUAUCGAGAAUUACGAAGAAUUUAUCUACAGUGAUGAUUCUGAUUAA